AUGGCGGACUCCCACGCCUUCGCGCGCCAGCCUGAAGAGCUGCACAUCCCCACCGCUGCUUCUGCUGCUGCUGCUGCUGCCAACGGCCCGCGUCCACCGUCGUCGUCAGCGUCCGCGUGCAUUGCCGCCGCAGCCGCCCAGCCGCCGCAGCCGCAGCACCACCAGCACCACCACUCGCUCCACCAUCACCACCAGCCGUCAUCAUCGUCGUCUUCCGCCGCCCUACCUGGCGCCCUCCAGCCCGGCCCUGCCUCGCUAUCGUCCCCCGUUCCGCCCGUGCUGCCCACGCUCGCCGAGCUGGCCGCGCUGCCGUCCGCCGCCAUGGCCCAUCCACACGCCUACGCCGCCUCCAGCCCCGCCGCCUUCGAUCCACCUCGAUACAAGCCCUUUGCGCCCGCUCCGCCCUCCGCUGCCGCCCACCAGUACUCGCCGCUGGGCCUGGCCGACAUCCGCUCGCACAUGGAGUCCGGCCUGCUCGAUCAUCUCGGUGCGAGCGGCGCUGGUGGUGGUGGUGGCGCGCAACCCCCGCUGAACAUGAGCUCCGGCUACCUGGCGCCGUGGGGCGUGUACGCGCUGGACUGGUGCAAGUGGCCUGCUACGGCGCCCGCGUCGUCGGCCGGCCGCAUCGCGCUGGGCAGCUAUCUGGAGGACAACCACAACUACAUCCAAAUUCUCGACGCGCAGCCCGCAGCGGCCGGCGGCGACCCGGCCGCGCUCGACUUCGUCAAGGUCGGCGAGGCCACGCACACAUACCCCGUGACGCGCAUCGUGUGGGAACCGCCGUCGUCGCAGAAGCAGAGCACCGACCUGCUGGCCACGUCGGGCGACCACCUGCGGCUGUGGUCGCUGCCCGCCGACGGCAACAGCCAUACGAACCGCAUCACCACCGGCACGACGACGGCGUCGUCGUCGUCGCCCGUGCCCAAGCUGUCGCCGCUGGCGCUGCUGUCCAACUCCAAGUCGCCGGAGCACACGGCGCCGAUCACGUCGCUGGACUGGAACGCGGUGGCGCCGAGCCUGAUCAUCACGUCCAGCAUCGACACGACGUGCACGAUCUGGGACAUCCCCACGCUGACGGCCAAAACGCAGCUGAUCGCGCACGACCGCGAGGUGUACGACGUGCGGUUCUGCGCGGGCAGCGUCGACGUCUUCGUCAGCUGCGGGGCCGACGGCAGCGUGCGCAUGUUCGACCUGCGCAGCCUCGAGCAUAGUACGAUUAUCUACGAGCCGUCGGACAAGACUGACAAAGGUACGCCCGGCAACCUGUCGCCGUCGUCCUCGCCCGUGUGGCCGCCGCCGCUCCUCCGCAUUGCCGCAUCGCCGCACGACGCGCACCUGCUGGCGACGUUCGCGCAGGACUCGGGCGCGAUCAAGAUCCUCGACGUGCGGCAGCCGGGCCAGGCGCUGCUGGAGCUGCACGGGCACGCGGCGGCGAUCAACUGCGUGGAGUGGUGCCCCACGCGGCGCGGCACGCUGGCGUCGGGCGCCGACGACGCGCUCGUGCUGGUCUGGGACCUGCUCGGGCAGAGCAGCAGCAAUAAUAAGAACAGCAACGCGGCUCUGUCGUCGUCGGGCGAGCGCGGGCCGGCGGCGUCGUGGGAGUGCGAGUUCGAGGUGUCCAACGUCAGCUGGGCGCCACACGGCGCGGGCAGCCACUCGUCGGGCUGGCUGGGCGUGACGGGCGGGCGCGGGCUGUGGGGAGUGUCGCUGUAG